AUGGCCAAAUCCGAAGGCUACCUGCCCAUCUCUUCCUCCGAACUUGAUAUUGGUGUUCAUCCAGCCGAAGCAAAACCCAAAUCCAGAUUGCAAAAGACUGUUCAAGGCUCCGUGAUCGUUUUGAGCGUACUUGCGGCGCUCGGUCUUGGUUAUUCAUUUGGGUUGCAACAUUCUUACGCUGCUACAGCCACCACGAUACUACCCGCUGGUGACGUGCAUUACUACAUGCAAUUCAACAAAACAUUUCCACAACGUCCAAAUGAAGAGAGCGAUGCAGCCUGGGCGUCCUUGUUCCCAGAGAAGUUGGGCUUCGUACAGCACCCUGAGCUUGCACCAGAUGUAGCCAGUAUCGCCGUCUUCCACGAGCUACAUUGCUUGAACAUGCUUCGGCAGGCGUUCUGGGCUUCUGUAGACGGAAAACUGGCAGAAAUGGGAGACGAGUCUCGCGAAAAGAAUCAUCGCACAAGUCAUCACCAUGUCCGCCAUUGCUUCGAGUACCUCCGACAGUCCCUCAUAUGUCUUGCAGACUCAAACCUAGAGAUGAUGAACUAUACUGCACGAGGUAUCUCUGGGUGGCAAACUGAGAGGACCUGCAGAAACUUCGAGGAGUUAAGUGAUUGGUCAAAUGAAUGGGGAAUCACAAGGAAGGAAGCGCUGCACAACCAUGAUCUCGCACAGAACUUUGUCGAUGAAGGAGAUGGAGUAUAG